AUGAAUAGAAUUUUGUAUGUUACAUUUCAUUUGUUUUUUAUAUAUUUAUAUAUAUAUGAAACAUAUGGAAAAGUUAAAAAUACAGAUAAAGAAUUAUCAGAUAUCUAUGGAACAAAAUAUUAUUUAAGAAGCGGGUUCUUUAAUGGACAAAAUGGUAAAGGACACAAAUAUCAAGAUUUAGAAGAAGAAGGUGAAAAUGAUGAUGAAGAGGAUUUAAAUAAUGAAAAAUUGAAUAAUGAUCAA